AAGCCACGCAUCCCUCAAACCCCAAAGAAAAACCCCACCUCCAUUGUCCAUACCUCUUGUCGCUUCUUCAUCUUCUACACAGUCACAUUUGACACCUUCUUCCUUCUUAUACAGUUCGACAGUUUGUAGUUGUUGUGACUAUUGGCGUUUUGAAAUAUGGAGGAGAUGAACACUGAGAAUAACUGGAGAGAAGAGCAGAAUUUCACAUUGGUGGUAAGGAAGCCCUGUUUUGGCCUCCCCACAGCAUGCCCUUCCUGCCUCCCUCUUUACUUGUAUCUCAAAUUUGCUCAACUCCCAUUCCAUUUGGAUUUCUGCUCUAUCUACCCUGACUCUGAUCAAAUUCCAUAUAUUGAGUCUGGUGAUUAUGUGGCCUAUAAUAAUGAGAAUGGUGGGGUUAUUGAAAGUCUGAAGAAAGAUGGUAUUGCUGAUUUGGACGCUGAGUUCAAGUCAGUUCCAGAAUGGAUAUCAACAAAAGCAAUGGUUAGCUCCUGGCUAGGAGAUGCAAUCAUGUAUGAACUCUGGGUGGGGUCUGAUGGUAGUUCUGCUAAGAAGAUCUAUUAUCCUGAUCUUCCAUGGCCAAUAGGAAAGGUUCUGUUCUGGAAGCAAUCUCAGACUGUAAUGCUGCAACUUGGAAUAACUAAAGACAAUGCCGAGCAAAAGGAGGAAGAGAUUUACAAUAGAGCAAAAAUUGCAUAUGAAGCUCUGUCAAAUAGGUUAGGGGAAGAGGACUUUCUAUUUGAGAACAGGCCAUCAAGUGUGGACGCAAUAUUUCUUGCGCAUGUGCUUUUAAUUCUUCAAGCAUUACCUGAAACAUCAGUGCUGAGGAACGCACUCUUGGAACAUGGUAAUCUUGUAAAGUAUGCUGAAAAACAUAAGAUGGAGCAGAUAGAGGCUGGUUCGUCAUCUUCUUCUGUCCCACAGUUUCAGUCAGGCCCUUCAUCAUCAGCUCCAAGAAAGGGUCCUUCAAAUUGGAGUUCAAAGCCCAAAAGCAAAUCCAAGAGGGAAAAAACAAAGGAGGAGAAAACUUUUAGAAAAAGGGCCAAAUAUUUUGUGGUAGCACAGCUCGUUUCAGUUCUACUUUUUCUCACUUUCAUGAAUAGAUCUGAUGAUGAAGUGGAGCUUGAUGACGAUGAUGGCUAUGGUUAUGAUGACUGAAAAGCAUUCACUCAUCUUCGUGCUGAGUUUUCAAUACCAACUUUUUUCCUUUGAUUAGUACCCAAGGUUAGCUAGUUGACGAGGAUGACUUUUGCCCUUCUUGUAAUUUUCAAUGGAAAUUUUGGAAAAUAAGUGUCCAUACAACUCAAAAUUAUGAUUUAUUUGAAUAGAUGAGCUGUAUUUUUUUGCGGUUUCAAAAGAAAUAUUAUAUUGUUCAUGACAUUUGAUUUUUUAAACGAUGCUUACAUUUUGUA